UCCUUGUAAGGGCCGGAUUCGUGUGGCUGGUGGUCAGGACCUGUGCCUUGGCUGGGCCAGGUCAGGUAGUCUCCUUGAGAGGAGGGUCGUAGUAUUGGUGGGGAGUCGGUGAGUUAGCUUGGGGAGUUAGCUCCCUUGAGAGAACGGGUGAAGAGGCCGUUACCUCUUCAAGUGUGAAGCUGUAACGGGCUCAGAGUUAAUAAAUAUGGGUUGCCUCUACUUCAACUGUCUCUGUCGUCACGGUGUCCACUACAUUAUUAUAAUUAGUUUAUUAAUUAGUUGAGUUGUGAAGAGGCAUGGCCUGCCAUACCCACCGAGGUUCAGCAUGACGGCAUGGUUCUGCUUGAUGUAUGGAAUCAGAUUUACAGAUUCAGAAUAUCAGAAUUAAAAUAUGUAUUGUACUGGAGGAAUCCGAUGAGGUGUCAGGGUCGAGAUGGAACCCGCGACCUCCUGCGUACCAGGCGAGGGAGUUAACAUCUCCUAGCCACCGCUGGUCACCGCACCAACUCCGCCCCCACACCCCCUCCGCCCCCUCACCCCACCGCCCCCUCCGCUCAGACUAAAGCGGAAGCCCUGGAGUACGUGUGGAGCAUCUUGCAGGGCGUGGAGGAGGAGGAGCAGCAGGAGGAGGAGUUCAGGGGAUUUGAGCUGAGGGAGGUGCACAAGGCCAGGAUGGCGAUGUUCAGGCUGGAGCGCAGAGCCACCGCCUGCAAGGAGGCCCUGAGGGUGGCGCUCCAGAGGAUACGUGGAGGCUCCUCCGUGCCGCCGGCCUCCGCCCAGGCUGUGGCGGUGUCGCGCAGCGCUCGCUCUCGCUACGGCCUGCGCCCGCGCGAGAGGAAAGUCUACACAGAGGUGGAGGAGCCCCAGGACGACGACUUCUUCUUGCCACUGCUGCUGCUGCUGUUGCUACUGCGGUUCGCCCUCCUCCUGCUGCUGCUGCUGUGGCUCUCAGUCUGCGAGCUGUGCAGGGAUUUCUACCUGGGGGAGUGCUCCGUGCACGGCCCGCCAGAGUUCAUUGCAGACGCGGCCGUGGCCCCGGGAGUGGCCAACAGGGCCCGGCUCAGCCUGCCCCAGGGCCUCACCGUCGGCGCCUCCUCCAUCGCCGGCGCCGGCCUCGGGGUGUGGAGCAACAGGAAGAAGCUGCCCAAGGGGGUGAUUUUUGGGCCCUACCAGGGAGAGGUGUCUGAGGAGAACCCCGUGAGCGAGUACUGCUGGCUGAUUUACAAAAACAAAAAGGAUCGUGAAUAUGUUGAUGCUCAGGAUGAAUCUAAAUCAAACUGGAUGAGGUUCGUCAACUGCGCGAGGAAUGAGCAGGAGCAGAACCUGGUGGCCUUCCAGCACCGGGGGCAGAUUUACUACCGCACAUUCCGUGCCGUGGGGCCCGGCUCUGAGCUGCUGGUCUGGUACGGCGAGGAGUUCGCCCAGGAGCUGGGCAUCGCCUGCGAGGCCGGGCCCUCGCGACGCCGCAGCAGCAGCAGCAGCGAGAUGGCUCCUAGGGCCACCGCCAGAGACCUGCAGCCCGUGCAGCCUCCACCAAGCGAGGAACACCGUGAGCACUGCUCACCAGAGACUCACCACUGCUCACCAGACUAUAGCCACCACUCACCAGAGAUGAUAGCCACCACUCACGAGAGACGAUAGCCACCACUCACCAGAGAUGAUAGCCACCACUCACCAGAGAUGAUAGCCACCACGCACCAGAAAUGAUAGCCACCACUCACCAGAGAUGGCAGCCACCACUUACGAGAGACGAUAGCCACUACUCACCAGAGACGAUAGCCACCACUCAGUAGAGAUGAUAGCUACCAUUCACCAGAGAUGAUAGCGACAUCUCACCAGAGAUGUGGAUGUAGCUACCACUCACCAGAGAUGAUAGCCACCACUCACUAGAGAUGAUAGCCACCACUCACCAGAGAUGAUAGCCACAUCUCACCAGAGUUGGUAGCCACCACUCACCAGAGAUGACAGCCACCACUCACCAGAGAUGAUAGGCACCAGCCACACUGAUAAGGUGGAAGUGAGUAACUGGUGUGGUGUGUAGUAGUAAACAUCGCCACUGGGGAGACAAAGGCGGCUAUGUGUGGUGCUGGCCACCCUCCCACUCGUGUGCCGUGUUGGCUUUCAUUGGUGCCCAUAACAGCACUUGUCCCAAAAGUAUAUACAGGCUAUAUGGGGGUUCUUUGUCUUUGUGUGUAUAUAUAAUGGAGCCCACUGCACUACGAACCCGGCCACCUGAGUUCGAUUCCCACUCACGGCCAACGUCAGUGGUGAAUAUUUAGGCCUCCCCUAGGCUGACUCAGCCUCAAAUGAGUACCUAGCUUAAACGUGGAAACAUCGCCACUGGAGAGACAAAGGCGGCCGGGCCUGGUGUUGGCCACCUACUCCCUCGUGUGCCAUGCCGGCCUUCAUAGGUACUCGCAAACAGCACUUGCCCAACAGUCUGAUAUGGCUGUGGGAAACCUUUACCUUUGUGUAUACACACACGUGUGCAAGAGUGUUCAUGUCUAGAUGUUGGUGUGUGCGCGUGUGUCUUGUUCCUCUGGGAUGACGCAGGUGGAGUGGGUGUGGAGGUCACAAGGCUGCCG